AUGCCAUCGUACGCUGGAGGAUACAGAUUGAAUGGAAGCAUAAUGUGGGAUUUGUGUUUCCAAUUGAGCCUUAUCAUAGAUUCUGUGGUCGACUUCGUAAGCGUCAACAAUGUGUUAUUUUCAACUACCACUGCUCUCCUCGCCAUACGUGGCUCCACAUAA